AUGGCAGGCGGAACAAGUAUAUGGGCGAGCAAGGACGCCAGGUCCGAUCCGAGGGAGAUCUUUAACCUGAGACUGUUGUAUCUCCUGGUUACCCUGGCCUGGGCGGGCUGUUUCUAUGGGUUUGACACUGGGAAUAUUGGCGGCAUCCUGACCCUGCCGUCGUUUGAAAAGGCGUUUGGCUUGCUUGAUAUUCCGCAGGCGGAGUACGAUGAUCGGAAGGGGACCAUCGCGGCCAUGGUUGCUGCAGGCGGCGCUGCUGGGUCUCUUCUCGCUGCACCAACGUCCGACUGGCUAGGUCGCAAAUGGUCUGUCUUUCUAUGGGGACUCGUCUUCCUGGUCGGUGCUGCGAUGCAGAUGGUCCCCGACUACGACGUUCUACUCGCAGGGAGGUUCAUCGGUGGUCUGGGAGUAGGAGCGAGCUCCAUGCUGAGCCCCCAGUUCCUGGCUGAGAACUCCCCCAAGCCGGGGAUUGAGGAUGACCAUGCCCAGUGGCAGACUGCGAUGAGUAUCCAGCUCAUCCCUGGAGGGCUGAUGUGUCUGAUGAUUCCAUUUGUACCGGAGACUCCUCGAUACCUCAUUAACCAUGGCAAGGCGGAGCAGGGGCUGAAGAAUCUGUGUCGACUUCGCCAGCUGCCUCCGGAUCACCCCUACAUUCAAAUUGAAUAUCGCGAAAUCCAGGCUCAGGUACAGUUUGAGCAGGAGAACUUCCAGGGCCACAAUUACUGGGUCGUGGUAAAGGAUAUAUUCGGGAACAGGAGCAACCUGCAGCGAUUUAUUCUCGCUGUUCUUCUGUUUAUUUUUCACAAGCUCACUGGAACGGACUCGCUGAAUUACUACGCCCCUCAAAUCUUCGAGCUCAUCGGCGUGCAGGAUAGCUCGUCGCUGUUGACAACUGGUGUGUACGGCGCUGUCAAAGUCGCGGCGACAAUAUUCUACGUUACAUACCUUGUCGACCGUGUUGGUCGUCGUCUUCCACUUCUCAUCGGCGCAACUAUCCAAGGUACUGCCAUGCUAUAUCUGGCCCUAUAUCUCCGGUUCGCCGGGGUUGACAACACCGACAUGGGCGGUACCCCUGCUGGAGGUAUCGUAGGGAUAGUCUGGAUCUACCUAUAUGCGUUUGGGUGGUCAUUCGGACACAGUGUGGCCUGCUACAUAACUGCAGCCGAGAUUUUCCCAACUCGUAUUCGCUCCGUCUGCAUGGGCUUCUGCUUCUUCGUAAACUGGAUAAUCGACUACGGCAUUACACGCGCAACACCGAACAUGCUCACUAAUAUGGGCUACGGUGCCUUCCUUCUCUAUGCCCUGCUGACCUACCUCGGCGUCGCGUUCAUCUUCUUCUGUCUCCCUGAGCUGAAGGGCCGGUCGAUUGAGAGUAUGGAUGAUCUGUUCCAACGGCCGCUGUGGACGAUGUGGAAGCAUGCGUACCCGACCAAGAAGGAGACGGUCAGGCAGGGUAUUCAGGAGGGAAAGCAGGAUUCUGUGGACGCUGUUUGGGAGCGUGAUGGUGAUGAGGAGGAGGUGAAGAGGAAGCAGGGUGCGGCUCAUAUUGAAACAGUUUCCUAA